CAAUCAAAUAAAAGAUUCUCUCUCCACUUUAAAAAAAACUGCCUAUUCCCUAUAUUUUCCGUGAACGAGUCCUACGCGUUGGAUCACGACGAUGGGGUGCAUACUGGUAAUCUUCAAAUGGUCAAUAAGGUAGGGGGCUGAGUCUUAUUAAAUACGUUACCUAAUCGGCGUGGUCUCUUGCAAAAAGCCCCAAUGGAAAAGGAGCCCCAAUAGAAAAGGACCGCUGAAGUCUGAAGGCGGUCUUCCUCCCGUCUACCAGCAUUCCAUUUUGUUCGCUCCAUCGUCGGCUUCCGUUCCUCUUUCCGUCGCCCGUAGCUUCGCAUGGCUUCUUCCACCGUUAACCGCUGGCUGAGGCCCGAGGUCUAUCCCCUCUUUGCGGCGGUCGGGGUGGCUGUGGGGAUCUGCGGCUUCCAGUUGGUCCGAAACAUUUGCAUCAACCCGGAAGUGAGGGUCAGCAAGGAAGGCAGGGCUGCAGGAGUGCUGGAGAACUAUGCUGAAGGAGAGAAGUAUGCUGAACAUGGUCUCCGAAAGUUCGUUCGCAACAAAGCCCCUGAGAUCAUGCCAUCAAUCAAUAGGUUUUUCGCUGAUCCCAAGUGAAGUCUAUUGGACCUAAAUAACGCAAAACAUUUAUAAUGGUUAUUAGUUAUUACUCUUGUGUUCAACUUGGAUGAUAAUUGGGCCAAAUAUGGCCUGAGAUCGGACAGCGUGUUUGUGAUGCUAUUGGACCAUCAAAUUAUAAUAUGAAGCGUUUGAGUCAUGUUCAACAUGUUUUAGUUCUGCUUAAGAAACUUGAUGACCUGUGAA